AUGGGACCGCCACGCUCAACUAUGCCCAAAAAGUCCUCUCCAGGGCAACACACCCGCGACAACAAGAAGGAGAAAAAGAAGCCCGCGCAAGCCCCUCGACGACAGACUAACCCACAGACAGACUCCGAGGAGACCAACCAGAUCGAUCUCUCGGCUACCAUUCCGGUGACGCUGCAGCAGUUACUCUUGAAUGUGUUCAGAUCGGCUUUGCUGAACGAUGUGUAUGGGUGGGAUGCAAAUGCCGGGAAAGGCGAUGCUACAGAUGCUACCAGUACAGAGUCUCGUCAGCUGGAUAUCAAGACGCUGAUCCAGACUAUCAAGUCCCAUCUCUACAAUCGGGACUUUGACUCUGCGUUUACCGAUGCAAAAGAGGAUCUGCUGAGGGCUUAUGCGUUGCGGUGGAGCGCGUCUAGGGCGUUGGGGUAUGCCGGAGUUUUUAGGUCUUUGUUGAAGGUUCUGGUGGAGCAGGAUGGUAGGUUGGUGUCUUCUACUGGGUCGAAUCAUGUUGUUUGUAUUGGGGGUGGCGCGGGUGCUGAGAUCGUUGCUCUGGCGGCUGCUUGGAGGGAUUUGGUGGAUGAGGUUGAGAGGCGGGAGGCUCUUUCUGCUGGUGUUGCUGGUGUUUCUUUGGAUGGGGGUGACUGUGCUGCUGAUGACCAAGGAAAAUCGAUAAGUCAUCCUGCUCUCUCGGUGACGGCUGUUGAUAUCGCGGACUGGUCCAGCGUUGUUGAUCGUUUGUCUUAUACUAUCCGGUCCCCGGCUGUGAUGGGGUCGAAGUCCCAUCCGGCGCCUUUGUUGAAUCUUGGAAAACGUGGUGAUGGUGAGGACGAAGGUGAGGAUGCCGCUGGCUUCGCGGUUAGGUUCAGACGCUCCGAUGUUCUUUCUAUCUCGGAAGAUGAGCUUAAGGAUCUUCUCCAUCUUGAGACGUCGGAUAAGGGAAAUACUACCGUCAUGGUGACGCUCAUGUUCACGUUGAAUGAACUAUUCUCGACUUCUAUGGCGAAAGCAACUGCUUUCUUGCUCCGCACGACGGACCUCGUACGACCGGGGACGUUGCUUCUUGUGGUGGAUAGUCCGGGGAGCUAUUCUACGCUGAAACUCGGCAAGGGUAAAGCGCAGGAAGGUGCUGCGUCUGCUGCUGCUGUACAGGAACGCCAGUAUCCUAUGAAGUUCCUCUUGGACCAUACGCUUCUUUCUGUUGCGGAGGGGAAGUGGGAACGGGUCUAUUCGCAGGAUUCGCGGUGGUGGAGGAGAGAUGCGGCUAGGCUGGGGUAUGAUGUUGGUGAAGGGGCUGGGUUGGAGGAUAUGCGGUAUCAAGUUCAUAUUUACCGAAGGUUGGCUAAUUAG